AUGGAUGAACAAGAACAAUGGAAAAUGAUUGCUGAAAUUGCUGAUUUACUUUCGAAACAAGCCAAAAUUGUUCAAGCUGGAGGUGACAACAAUAAUAGUGUUGAGAUAAUAGAAGCAAAACAACUAGCGAGAGAAACUUGUACCACUCUACAACAUCUUAUUCAAAACACUAAAAAAAAUAAACCCAGUUUUAAAUCAUGA